CAUGUAGUAAGGAUAAUAUAUUUUAUAUCGUUGCAAUUCUUUUUAUAACACUUUAACGGAUAUUUAGAUUCUUUAUGCAUGUGCAAGAACGGGUAUAGAAGAUAGAUAAUCAGAAAAAGAAGAAGUUCAAAGAGAGUGACUAAACAUGCAGAAAAAUAUGAAAGAAAUGUUUGAAUUUGGAACCCGAUGUACAAACUGUAAAGAAGUAUACUGUCAGGAGUGUUUUGUAUUCGAGUGUAACAUAUGUAGGCAGAAUUGCAACUGCCAACCAAACGACUGUAAAUGUAAAACUAUGAAUGAUUGGAUUAAAGAAAAAAUUAAUGAAGCCAAAUAUUUGUUGGUCAGCCAAGAAGCAACAUCUAAUUGCAUUGAUGUCGCCUUAAAUUACGACUUAAUUCUUCACGGGGAUGUUGUUUUUACUUUGAAAGUGGUUAUGCAUAAGUUGUUUGACAAUAUUAAAGGCACGAAAGGACCUUUGAAAAAGAAUGACUCACCUGAACCAGUAAACCAUAUGGAAAUAAGUGUAGACAUCAAUGGUGAUUUAGUUAAAAAGUUUGUCAGUAAACAGGAAACCAUAGUUAAUCUCCCAAACAUAAAUGACAUAAAGAUUGUUGCCGUAUAUGGUGGAGAAGACAGAAUAGAAAGACACAAUACAUGUCUUGAUAAACUAAAUAGUCACCUAGAGCAAAGGGGAAUGAUAUUAGAGUUUACUGAAAACCUUUCAGAAACGUUGGAUAAAAAUGAAGAUCCUCUACUUGUGAUUUCUCUCAUACAUUCACGACCUGUUUCAGAUGUAAGAACAACCUUAUCUGGAAUUAAAGAAAUAUAUCACAAAAGAGUUAUACUGGUCCUCCUGCAUUUCAAAGUAUCUGACAUGAGGAUAGCUGCGUCUGAAAUUACCAAAGAAUUUGACGUUUUUGACGCUGUCGAUUACUUUCAAAACCAAGAAUAUGGAAAAGAUAAAAAGGUUACGGCUGAAAAAGCUAUUUGGACAGCUGUAGACAAAUAUGAAAAGUUAAAAAACAGGCAGUUGGCAACAAAUGUGCAUUAAAGUUUGUUGCAUUUUAACUAAUGUGACAGGUGUAAUUAGUAUAUUUUGGAAAACUGAAAUAUCAUGAAUUUUACUUUUCUGACUAAGCAUGAGUGUUUUAGCUCAACCAUAUAGUUUUGUGUACAUACGGACGAGCGAAGUGUCUAUGGUGUUUGAGUUGUUCAAAACGAGCUUGUUAAACAGCUAUUAUCAAACAGUCAUAACCGGUAAUAAUAUAAUUCACGUGAAGUUGACUAUUCAAUAAAGUCUCAAGUAUUCAGAAUUUGUCUUUUAAUUUACUUAUGUUAAAAGGUGGUUAUCUGCACCGAACAACUACUCAACAAUUACUUUGUUACAAAAUAUAUCUACACCGUUAAUCAUUCUAAGUUUCUAUGGAAUAACUUCCUUGAUAUAAAUGGGCAGAUUCAUAUUCCAACGCCGAACAAUUGAAACUUCACACAUUUUGAUUUAUACAUUGACAGAAAUAUCAAACCUUAAUGAUAACAUUUGACUUUGAAUUAAUACCUGUUUCAUUUUUUUUCUAAAGUUAUUA